UGUACCAAAUAUAUUGCCUGCCUCCCUCAUUACUUUCUUACCCACUCUACUCUACCUCCCCCUCGUGCUUAGUUCCCUUUUAUUAUCAUUUCCUCUGUUUCAGCGUGCAGAACAGAGGAGAAGGGUAGAGGGCACCAUCACCAUGGAAGGUGUCUCUGCCAGCAUGCGUCAGGCUCUGAAGAAGUAUUGGCGGAGAAGGGGAUACAAAAGACUAAUAAACGGGUUCGAUUCUCGGCGGAGGAACGAGGCGGAGCUGGGAGCUGGUGGAGGGAGAAGGAGGAGGAGGUGGCGGUUCAAGGUGGUCCCUAAGAUUAGGAUCCCAAGAAUUUCAUCGCCGAAGAAGAUGGCGCUGUGGGUGAGGGACGCAUACGUGAGGAUGAUGGUGGGUUUGGCCAGCUCCAAGGUGGUGAGCAUGGGUGUCUCCGUCACCGGAGACUCCUUCGGGAGGGCUCCACCACCCAAGGAGUACGAUGAUAAGAUUAUGGUUCGCAUGUACAACUCCUUGAUCAUGGCGCAGGAGAAGAAGUUGCAUCAUGGCUCCUCAAUCAUCACUGUCUAGCUAAAGCCAACCACUGAUUAAUGGUGACCAAGUUUUGAAGGCUAAUAUCGAUCUUUGGGUACUUUGUUUCUAAUUUUUAAUUAAGUGCAUCAAUUAGUUAUAAGAUUCACCAACGAACCCAGAUAUACUGUAUCACUGUAUGCUAUGCACUUAAUUAAUUACUACUUGGUUACUAUGGUUA